GAGAGGGUGGAGAGAAGAGUGCAGAUGGGACUGCAGUGGACGGGACCAUGGCUGAGAUGAUCACCUAUGCAGACCUGCGCUUUGCGAAGAUCCCCGUGACUAAAAGGCCCUCGGCGCCGCCAGAGCGGGCAGUCCGGGAGGCAGAUGAAGAUGGGGAUCUGACUUAUGAGAACGUCGCCCCGGCCGCUGAUGCUCCUGUGAGCGCGUCCCAGCUCAACCUGGGGGACCAGACAGGACCCGGUGAGGGGCGGCCGAUCACUACACGGAUUACACUGACAUCGUCAAGCGUUGGGCAGGCUUUUCCCCGCCUCUCCGCCUGGACCCAGCACAUCCUCCUGGGUCUGCUGAGCACCUGCCUGCUCCUGGGAGUCAUCGCCAUUAGCAUGGGGGUCCGCUAUCUGCAGGUAUCUCAGCAGCUCUGGGAAACGGUCCAGGCCCUGGAGUCCACCAACAGCAGUCUGAGGGAGCAGCUGAACAGUCAGGGGGCCCAGCUGGGGCAGAGGCAGCAAGAUCUGCGGGCAACCGCGGAGCGGCUUGACCAAGCCCAGGAGAGGCUUCAGAAGACGCAGGCCCAACAGCAGGCCACGAUGGAGGAACUACAGGUUUUCAAAACACAACUGGAGGAGGUCAGGCAGACCUUGCGGGGCGAGGAAGAACAGAAGAAGAACCUGGAGGUGCAGCUAAGCGCCCUGCAAGCCCGGCUGACGGAGCAGCAGCCCCUCCUCAGCUGCUCCACGCCAGGAUCCUGCUGCCCCGUGGGGUGGAUGGAGAUCAGGGGGAAGUGUCUGUUCUUCUCCAUCAUUCAGAAGAGCUGGCAGCGGAGCCAGGAUUACUGUAGAGGCUUCUCUUCCGAACUCGCCAGUCCCAAGCAAUGGAAUGAAAAGGAAGACAUUAGAAGGAUAAUUAGAGACAGAAGCUAUGAUUCUUCCCUCUCAUUCUGGAUUUCGCUCCGAAAAAACGAGUUCGAGUCCAUUUGGCAGUGGGCCGAUAACACGGAAGAACGCAGCUAUCUGACUUCUAGGCUACACGUGGAGGCGAAAGAUAGCUGCAUGACUAUACGCAAAUCCUACGUGCUGUUGACCGAAAAUUGCGAGUCCCUCUUCCCCUUCAUCUGCGAGAGGCGAGUCAUCGCGUCCCCGGGGCCGGGGUUUGCCGUCUAACUGCGUCAGCCCACCCGC